GUAUAAUCUCCUUAUUGGAGGAGCCAAUGCCUGAAUUGAAAGUCUUUGCCUUGAAAAAAUUGGACAUGAUAGUCGACGAAUUUUGGCCUGAGAUUUCUGAGGCUAUAGAAAAAAUUGAGAUUCUGCACGAAGAUAAGUCAUUCCAACAACAUGAACUGGCUGCUCUAGUUGCUAGCAAAGUAUAUUACCAUUUGGGAAGUUUUGAGGAUUCGUUGACUUAUGCUCUUGGAGCAGGAGAACUAUUUGACGUCAAUGCUCGAAACGAAUAUGUUGAUACUACUAUCGCCAAAUGUAUUGAUUAUUACACUCAGCAACGUGUCCUAGAGGCAGAAGGAAAGCUUCCACCAGGUAGUAAGGGCAUUGAUCCUAGACUGGAGGGAAUUGUGAAUCGUAUGUUCCAACGCUGCCUGGAUGAUAAUCAAUAUCGUCAAGCUCUAGGUCUUGCCCUGGAGACACAUAGGAUGGAUAUAUUUGAAGCAGCCAUUAUGCAGUCUGACGACGUGAGUGGAAUGUUAUCAUAUGCCUUCCAAGUGGCCAUGAGCUUGAUUCAGAAUCGUGGAUUUCGUAACACUGUACUCCGCUGUUUGGUCAGUCUCUAUCGAAACCUUGGCACCCCCGAUUACGUCAACAUGUGUCAGUGCUUAAUCUUCUUGGACGAUCCGCUAGCUGUAGCCGAGCUUCUGGACCGAUUAAGCAAGGGUUCGCACGACUGCGUAUUGAUGGCCUAUCAGAUUGCCUUUGAUCUGUACGAGUCAGCGACUCAGCAGUUUCUCGGUCGUGUUUUACAAGCUCUACGAGCCACUGCGCCAAUUCCGGGUGCGUUGAUGGUUAAACCGGUGGUUAAACCAUCCACUACUACUGCUACCAAAACCACUGAAGCUAGUACAGAAUCCACGAAUAUGGAGGUUGAUGAGGAAACUGCUGCUCCCGCCGGAGAAGAAAAAGCUCAGCGCAGUGUCGAAAGUUUGAAUGCGGAAGAGAGAGAACAGCAAGAGCGAAUAGAUGCUUUGUCCAGUAUUUUGGGAGGCGAGGUAUCUAUCGAUUUGCAUUUACAAUUCCUGAUUCGCAGCAAUCACACCGAUAUGUUGAUCCUGAAAAACACCAAGGAUGCCAUACGAGUUUCAAUUUGCCAUACUGCCACUGUCAUUGCGAAUGCUUUCAUGCAUUCCGGGACAACUAGUGAUCAAUUUUUGAGGGAUAAUUUGGAAUGGUUGGCUCGUGCUACUAAUUGGGCAAAGUUGACUGCGACGGCUUCUUUAGGAGUUAUUCAUCGAGGCCAUGAGCAAGAAGCUUUAGCCUUGAUGCAGUCGUAUUUGCCGAGAGAUUCUGGUGCUGCUGGUGCCGGAUAUUCCGAAGGCGGUGGUUUAUAUGCUUUGGGACUUAUACAUGCUAAUCAUGGAGCCGCUAUCACAGAUUACCUUCUAGGCCAAUUAAAAGAUGCCCAAAACGAG